UCGGUUACCAAGGAAAUAAGACGUGAAGACCAGCGCACAUUACUCGGUCAACAGAAAGAUACGUGUUGACUUAUGAUUACGUUUGAGCGGAGCUAUCGGACGCAUGGCAGAGCUACAUAUCAUCGGUCAAAUCGUCGGUGCGAGCGGCUUUCCCCAGAGCAGUUUGUUUUGCAAGUGGGGCAUUCACACGGGAGGGGCAUGGCGGCUUCUCUCUGGCCUGAAGGAGGGUCAAACUCAGGUGGAUCUCCCGCAGACGGGUGAUAUGGCCUACUGGAGCCAUCCGAUUGAUCUUCACUACACCACUAAAGGACUGCAAGGCUGGCCAAAGCUUCACCUGCAGGUGUGGCACCAGGACUCAUUCGGACGCUGCCAGUUGUAUGGCUACGGGUACUGCCACGUCCCUUCGAGCCCCGGACAACACACCGUACGUUGUGCGACCUGGAGACCCCUGGGCUCUUGGCAAGAACAGUUAGCGCAGAUGUUCGUCGGCGGUGGGCCACAGUUGCGCUCCCCGGAUCUGAUUUACAGCGGAGCGGACAGAUACAGGCUUCAGACCGAGGCGAUGGGCACCGUGGAGCUGGAGCUCGGUAUUAUCAUGAGGCACUUUGACAAGCAUGGCGUCGAGUGUUAACAGUGGGACAGGACAGUCGUGUUGAGCUGAACACGAAGGGAAAGACUGAUGGGAUUGGAGACGACAAUCUAACAUUGUUAGAUAUUACACUGUAGUUCUAUAGGUAUAUUGUAUCACGGAUUUGUUUUUAUGUGUGAUGUGCUUGAGCUUCACCUGAAUAAAAGCAAACACUCUCAAGACGACUUUAUUUUUUGGAAUUUUGUAAUGAACAAAGUGAAGAUGUUUGUGGGGACUUACAGUUAAAGAUGUGUGUAUUAAACUAGCAAGGAAAGUACCUUGAGUGUAUAGAAUAAUUACUUUGUAGAUGAUACAACAAUUAUUUCAGAAAAGCUUAUACCUACAGAGGAUGAACUGUUACCCUAUUGUAUAGUAAAAUAUAUUUACUGCUUGAGUGGCCAAACUCGCUACCAAUACAUUCAUUCAAAAGGUAACUUUUGGAUAUA